CUGAUCUCUGCGCUGCUCAGAAGUGGUUAUUGCAGCUCACGAGAUGACGAGUGACUAACACCCCCCACGGCGCUCCCCGGCCUCUGCAAUAACUAAGUCCAUUGACUCACCAGGACCUCGCUGACCUGCACACCUCGCUCAGAGGACAGAGAGAGGGAACGGGACUUCUGGUACAGACGGCGUCCCUGCGCUCCGGCCGGUGUCUUUCAGGGACGACGCGUGUGGUGCCCACGGAUGGUUGACACCGUGAAUCCGCACGAUGGAAAGAAGCCUGAGGAAUGUCCUCGUGGUGUCUUUCGGGUUUCUGCUUCUCUUCACAGCCUACGGAGGCCUGCAGAGCCUGCAGAGCAGCCUAUACAGCGAGGAAGGCCUGGGCGUGACGGCACUCAGCACGCUGUACGGCGGGGUGCUCCUGUCCUCCAUGUUCCUCCCGCCGCUCCUGAUUAAGAAGUUUGGCUGCAAGUGGACCAUCGUCCUCUCCAUGUGCUGCUACGUGGCCUUCUCCCUGGGCAACUUCUACGCCAGCUGGUACACCUUGAUUCCCACCUCCAUAGUGCUAGGUCUCGGAGCAGCCCCGCUGUGGUCCGCCCAGUGCACGUACCUCACCAUCAUGGGAAACACGCAAGCAGAGAAGGUGGGAAAAGUUGGCCGAGACGUGGUGAACCAGUAUUUCGGCAUCUUCUUUUUCAUAUUCCAGUCGUCCAGCGUGUGGGGCAACCUGAUCUCAUCGCUGGUGUUUGGCCAGACGCCCACGCAAGAGGCCAUCCCUGAGGAGCAGCUCCUGUUCUGUGGGGCCAGUGACUGCCUGAUGGCCACGGCGUCCACCAACAGCACGCAGCGUCCCUCGCAGACCCUCAUCUACACGCUGCUUGGUAUCUACACAGGCAGCGGUGUCCUGGCGGUCCUGCUCAUAGCCGUGUUCCUCGAACCCAUCAAGGACGCUCAGCAGGAAGGUGAAGGAGAGAAGAAAUUACCUUUUUGGUUCACCCUCCUGUCGACCUUCAGGCUUCUUCGAGACAAGCGCCUUCGUCUGCUGGUGCUGCUGCCGGUGUACAGCGGGUUCGAGCAAGCCUUCCUCGCGGGCGACUACACCAGGUCCUACACCACCUGCGCCCUCGGGAUCCAGUUUGUCGGGUACGUGAUGAUCUGCUUCUCGGCCACCAACGCACUGUGCUCCGUGCUGUACGGAAGGCUCUCCCAGCACACAGGCAGGAUCACGCUCUACGCGCUGGGUGCAGUGACCCACCUGUCCUGCAUUGUCGCCCUCUUGCUCUGGAGACCUGACCCCCGCCAACUGGCCGUGUUCUUCGUCUUUUCUGGGCUUUGGGGCGUGGCCGACGCCGUCUGGCAGACACAGAACAAUGUGCUUUACGGUGUGCUGUUCGAGAAGGACAAGGAGGCCGCCUUCUCGAACUACCGCCUAUGGGAGGCCCUGGGCUUCACCGUCGCGUUUGGGUACAGCACGUUCCUGUGUGUCAACGUCAAGCUCUACAUCCUCCUGGGCGUCCUGAGCCUGGCCAUGGUGGCGUACGGGACGGUGGAGCAUCUGGAGGCCCAGAGCCUGGCCAGGCCAGCUGCCACAGAACAGAAAAAGCCAGCAGAGGAGGCGGUUAUGGAGACGGCCAUGUGAUGGGGACGCACGCCCGCGUGCCUCUGGGCUUCUAGAUGAUUCUUCCCAGCGGCGUCAGCGGUUUCCAGCCGUCCUGAGCACAACACAUAGUUACCUGCUUCUGUAUGGUUUUUUUCUCUUCUGACAAGUUUGCAGCCCACCGUGUCUCCGGUGGGGAUGGAGAGUGUGCACGUAGGAAUCCUUCAACGCCAGACGCAAGGGAGACGUCGUCGGCCAGCGGCACCAGGCUUGGGUAGAUAGAGCCCCCAGCUCCCACCUGCUGUUGUGCCCACGGGCGCUGCUGUCCCUAAAAAUCGGAAGGAUGUGACGACAGUGCGUGUGACGCUAUAGUCGUACCCACGGGUAACCCGAAGCGCAGGCAAGUCCGCAGACACCCCCAGGGUCAGUGAGCGACAUAGCCAGACGAGAGUUACUGUCCCUCCAAGUUUACAGACUGUGAGUUUCUAAAUAAAUGCAGUACAGACGUGUCUCCCACUCAGGUGCUUC